GAUUGCGUGAACAAGUGGAGCCCACGUGGGGUCCAGUCAUUCUAACUAAUGGUCAGACGACGGGUUCAAUCCGACGGUCAGGAUUGCUCGUCCUAGUGCAACAAUUUUAAAUAAAAAAAUAAUAAAGAAGAAAAAAAAAAUUGCCCAACAACUCAACAGGAGAAGCGCCGAGGCGGUUUCUGCUCUCUCUCUAUCUUGUCCUCUUCUUUCCUUUCCAGGGAUUCCUCCGCCGACACAAGAGCGAGCUCGAGGUCGGAGACGGCAGCCGACUGCGGGCCGACGGACUUGGUGAGAUGGCGGCAGAGGAGCCGCGGAGUGAUCCGGCGGCGGGGACCACGGAGGAGAUGCUCUACCGGACGAAGGUUAUCCAGUUCCUCGGCCGAGCGACCCCGAUCGUCCUCCAGAACGACAACGGCCCUUGCCCUCUCCUCGCCAUCUGUAACGUGUUGCUGCUUCGGAACAAUCUCAAAUUGAGCUUGGACGUCUCGGAGGUCUCGUUGCAGAAGCUACUCUCUCUUGUUGCGGAAAGGUUGAUUGAUUCCAACAGCAACGUUCAGGACAAGGAUGAUGGGUAUCUCAACAAUCAGCAACAGAACAUUUCCGACGCAAUUGAUCUAUUGCCUAGGCUGGCGACCGGAAUUGAUGUCAAUGUGCUUUUUAGGAAGAUUAAUGAUUUUGAGUUUACAAGGGAAUGUGCUAUAUUUGAUCUCCUUGAUAUUGGUCUAUAUCAUGGUUGGAUAGUCGAUCCUCAGGAUACUGAUACUGCAGCAGCAAUAGGCUCACGAUCUUACAAUACUAUUGUUAGUGAGCUUGUACAAGCCUUUGAAAUGAAAAAGGCUGAAGGAGAUAUUAAGGGUGAAGAGGAGGAAGAUUGUGUUGAUUUUUCUGCAGCUACAGCUGCUACUCUUGGUGUUCCCUCACCUUUGCUUUCAAGAGGUAGAUCAUUUGAGGAUCAAAAUCCAGCUUCUAUUCAACAAAGGAGGAAAGGUGAUAUCGAGGAGGAAGAGGAGCUUAUGAGAGCUUUGACUCUCUCAAAAUCUGAUGUUGCAGUUCCUGUUAGUGACUCUAUGUUGCCUAUAAUUCAUGUUAAUUUGGAUGAAAAUGAAAGUGUUCAGAGGUCUGAAACAGAAACUACUGAUUAUUUAGACAUAAAAACUGGAGAUGGGUCUAGCAUUGUCUACCAGUCGCAUAUACUUGUUUCCAAAGAAUUACAUAUCAAUAAUGAUCUCAAAGAUGAUGUUUUAGCGGAAAAUAACUCUCUACUAAACAACAAUCUUGCUGUAAAUUCUACAAGUCAAGCAGACUCCAAUGGACCUGAACAUUGUGAAAAAUCUAGUAAAUCAGAUGAGGAUAUACAGACUGAAACAGAAUCCAACCAGGUUCCAAAUUUGCAGUCUUCUGAUGAUGGUGAUUCUCAUAACCUUACAGCUGUUUCAGAAAAUGACCAGUUUCUCAAAAAAUCAUUCCAUGAUGACCUCACAGUUCCAGUUUAUGAAAAUCCUGCUGGGAGAUCAGUUACUGCUGAAAAUGGGAAAGAAGAGCUUUCAAAUGUUUCUGAUGGCAUAGCCUCAAGCCUCCAGGAGAAUGAGCCCAUUUAUGAAGGAGAAGAAUGCAUCUUAUCUGGAUCUGUGGCGUGUGUCAAUCCAGAGCCAGUUUAUGAAGGUGAAAUGAUUCUUGCUGUGCAAACUGAGAAAAUAGAAGAUACUGAGCACCCUGCAAAUAUAAAAGAUAACGUUGUUAAUGAACAAUGGCACCUGAUAAAGAAUUUUCUGGAACACAAUGCUAACCAAUUGACAAUUUAUGGCCUAUUUUGUUUGCAAGAAGGUCUAAAGGAAAGAGAGCUCUGCGUUUUUUUCCGAAAUAAUCACUUCAGCACUAUGUUUAAGUACAAUGGUGAACUAUAUCUUUUAGCUACAGAUCAGGGGUAUUUGAACCAGCCAGACUUGGUUUGGGAGAAGUUGAAUGAGGUCAACGGAGACACAAUCUUCAUGACUGGAAACUUUAUGGAAUUUAAAGCUGAUAGUCAGGUCCACGACUCGUGGAAUGAACAAAGUGCUAUGACUAAUACAGCUGAUUAUCUAGCUGCACUUCAAAGCGCAGGUCAUCCAUCAGCUUUGAAUUCUGAUCUGCAAUUGGCGAUAGCUCUUCAACAAGAGGAGUUUGGGCAACAGCCACAGCGACCACAGCAGCAGCAGCAGCAGCAACAACAACAACAACCACCACCACAACCACGACAACAACAUUCCCAGCAGCCAUCUAUUCCGGGUCGUUCACGGCUCAUCACAGGUCCUCAGGUUCUGAAGACAUCAAACCCACUUACAGAACUGAGCUGGCAGAUCCAGUUUUUCCUACCUGAUCGACCAGUCCAAGCGACGGCAAGUCCCAUCCUAUUAGCAUUCAUGCCUGAACAAGCUAUCUGGAUUGUAGCUGUGACAUGGAAAUUGCAAGUCAUUAUUGAACUUUAGAGCUUGAUCGAACAAUGUUUCGAGGAGUUCAGGUCCACCACAGAGGAGCGAAUCCAAGGCAAGAGAAAAGUGCGUCGUCAUGUGAAAAUGUCUGAUGUAAAUGUUCUUCUUCAUAUACAAUAACUUCAGGUGCAUUAUUAAAAGUUUGGUGUAAAUAACAUGGUGCAAACAAUAUUAUAAUAUACAAUAAAUUUUGCAA